GUGCCUUCUUGAUACCGUAUGGUUUGAUGUUGAUAUUUGGCGGUAUACCCUUAUUUUACAUGGAACUUGCGCUUGGACAAUUUUACAGAACAGGGGCCAUCACAUGUUGGGGUAGAGUGUGUCCAUUAUUCAAAGGAAUAGGAUGGGCAGUGGUAUUAAUUGCAUUUUAUACAGACUUUUUCUACAAUGUUGUUAUCGCGUGGGCGUUACAUUUUUUCUUUGCUUCAUUCACGGGUAAUCUCCCAUGGGAAAAAUGUGACAAUAAUUGGAACACUCCAUUAUGUUUUGAGGGAAUAAUGGACCCUCCCGAAGUAAAUAGUAGUGAUACAAACAGUACUUCCGGUAACCAAUCUUUGCAAAGAGUGUCUCCUGCGCACGAAUAUUUUGAGCGCGGGAUGUUACAGCUGCACAAGAGUGGCGGUAUUUUUGCUGUUGGUCAGAUUAACUGGCAGCUGAUGUUAUGUCUGCUGGGGGUAUAUCUCAUCUGCUACUUCAGUCUCUGGAAAGGGAUCCAUACUUCCGGAAAGGUUGUAUGGUUUACAGCUUUGUUUCCCUAUGUCGUAUUGUUUAUUUUAUUAAUCCGUGGGGCCACUCUACCUGGGGCAGGUGAAGGCCUCAAAUAUUACCUUCGACCAAACGUGACCAGACUGGCCACAUCAGGGGUAUGGAUUGAUGCAGGCACACAGGUUUUCUUCUCCCUGGGGCCAGGUUUUGGAGUAUUGCUCGCAUUUGCUAGUUACAACAAAAGAGACAAUAACGUUUACAGAGAUGCUUUGAUUACCAGUAUGGUGAAUUGUUGCACCAGUUUCUUCUCCGGGUUUGUGAUUUUUAUGAUCCUGGGUUACAUGGCAGAUAGGGCCAAGGUCAGCAUUGAAACUGUAGCCACAGAAGGUCCAGGACUGGUGUUUGAGGCGUACCCCAUGGCUAUAGCAACACUUCCCGGAUCAACUUUUUGGGCUAUCAUUUUCUUUUUGAUGUUACUCACACUUGGACUUGACAGUUCGUUUGGAGGUUCAGAAGCGAUUAUCACUGCGUUAUCAGAUGAGUUCCCCAUACUUCGCAAGCACAGAGAAAUAUUUGUAGCAAUUUUGUUCGCGGUUUACUUCAUCAUCGGACUUUCUUUUGUUUCACAGGGCGGAGCCUAUGUUGUGACGUUAAUGGACAAGUACGCAGCCGGAUAUUCCAUUUUGUUUGCAGUUUUCUUUGAAACAUUAGCAGUUUCUUGGGCGUAUGGUGUUGAGAGAUUCUCUGAUGAUAUUGAAUCUAUGGUGGGAUUUCGACCCGGCAUUUACUGGAGAGUCACCUGGAAAUACCUCGCACCCAUCUUUUUAUUGUUUAUCAUGAUAUUUGGUUUGGUAAACUACGUUCCACUAGAGUAUGACGACUAUGCGUACCCCUGGCAGGCGAACUUCAUCGGUUGGUGUAUUGCCUUAUCUAGUAUACUAUGUAUACCAGGAUUUGCAAUCUACCAGUUCUUACGAACAAAAGGCUCCAUUUCUGAGCGUUUCCACUACCUGUUGACUCCAUAUUUGGACAGCGUCGCAAACUGCGAAGGCGCGGCUUAUAAUGACGUCAGAGUCAAUGGCGGCGUAGUAGGCGUUCACGUGUAGCUACAACAGCCAAUCGGAAGUCCGCAAGCAUUUAAACGCAGCAUGCCAAAAUAUGAAAAGCAUGCCAAAAAGUACGGAAAGUUUUCACAGAUACUGAAGUGUGUGAACAAUAUAAACAAAUUGAUGUAGACAAUGUUACAAGAUUGUGCAAAGAUGGAAACAGUUGUUGUUUAUUUGAGAAAUUUGACUCAAAUACACAAUGAUUCAUAAGUGCAAUAAUUAAAAUUGAUAUUGUUGAAGUGUUUAUAUACUUUGUAAUUGUGUUGUAUUUUUUCAAAGAUUACAUUAUCUAGCAGAUUAUAUGAUCUACAUAAUGGGAUCUUGUCUUAAAACUAGAAUCUACUGAUAUUUAAAACAUAAAACAUGCAUAUGAUCAAAUCAUCUGAAAUGUAUAAAAGUAAAAAGAAAUUACAGGUUCAUCAUAAAUUAGAGGUGGAAACUUGUGCUUAUCAAAUUUCGAUUAUUCGGCUUGUAAUAUUCAAAUAUUCGAUUUUCCCCAAGUGCUGCCAAUUACAGGGGAAACUGUUGUGUAUCAGUAAGGAAU